AUGAAUAUGAUGAAUAAUUUACUCUCAUCUUCAACCCUGCCAAUUACCAUAUGCGCUACGUUCUUGUUUCUCUACGUUCUCUUUUGGUUACGUAGAAGCAAAACUAGUACAACCGGUGUUGCACCAAAAAAAACACCACCAGAAGUCGCCGGAGCUUGGCCUUUAAUCGGCCACCUCCACCUCUUGAGCGGGUCCCAGCCACCUCACGUCACGUUAGGGAAAUUAGCCGACAAAUACGGACCCAUCUUCACCUUACGUUUGGGUGUUCAUCGAACCUUAGUUGUAAGCAGUUACGAAAUGGCGAAAGAGUGUUUCACAGUAAACGACAAAGCGUUUGCUUCCCGACCAAAAUCUGUAGCCUUUGAAAUUCUGGGGUAUAAUUUCUCCAUGAUUGGUUUCAGCCCAUACGGUUCCUACUGGCGCACCAUGCGCAAGAUAGCGACCGUUCAUGUUCUUUCAGCUCAUCGGACAGAGACAUUGCUGAAAGACGUGAUGGAAUCAGAGGUUAAGAUAGCAAUGAAAGAGAGUUAUGAGUUUUGGGAAAAGAUGAAGAAUAACAAGGAUAGGAAUGAAAGGGCAAUUACGGAAAUGAAGAAAUGGUUUGGGGACAUAGCGAUUAACGUUCUGUUUAGAACGGUGGUGGGAAAACGGUUUGACGGUGACGAGGAAGAGAAUCAACGGAUUAGAAAAGCGCUUAGGGGCUUGUUUGAUCUUACUGGUUCGUUUGUUAUCUGUGACACGUUACCGUAUUUGAGAUGGUUGGAUUUGGAUGGAAAAGAGAAGGAAAUGAAGAAAACCGCGAAAGUGUUGGAUGAGUUUGUUUGUGUUUGGCUUGAUCAGCAUAAACGGAAUAGGAAACCUGCCGGCGGCGAACAUGACUUCAUGGAUGUUCUUCUUUCCACCGUUGAUGAUCAAGAUUUGGACGGUCGUGAUUCCGACACCGCAAUCAAAGCUACUUGUCUGGCACUAAUUCUAGCAGGUACAGACACUACAGCAGGAACAUUAACUUGGAUACUAUCUUUACUUCUUAACAAUCGUGAAGUACUAAGCAAAGCCACUCAGGAACUAGAUGCACAAGUUGGCAUGGAAAACAUGGCAAUAAAAUCAGAUUUGACAAAGUUGAAAUAUAUUCAAGCCAUUAUCAAAGAAACAUUACGUUUGUACCCACCAGCGCCACUCAAUGUUCCACAUGAGUCUAUUGAAGAUUGUACCGUAGGUGGGUACCACAUUCCAGCUGGCACGCGUCUACUAACCAACUUUUCGAAACUUCAACGAGACCCUAUGUUAUACUCGGAUCCGUUGGAGUUUCGACCAGAGAGAUUUCUUACAACACACAUGAAUGUUGAUGUGAAGGGACAACAUUUUGAGUUGAUUCCAUUUGGUGUUGGUAGACGAAUGUGUCCUGGAAUAUCAUUUGCUCUUCAAUUAAUGCAAAUAACACUUGCUACUUUAUUGCAUGGUUUUGAUAUAGUGACUUCUGAUGAAGAACCUGUCGAUAUGGCUGAACAUAACGGGCUCACUACAAUCAAAGCCUCUCCUCUCCAAGUCGUUCUCACUCCACGCUUGUCUGCUCAAACUUUUAGUCAAAAUUAA